CCCGGGAGUGUCCCGGCGGGCACCCCCGCGUCCCCCAUUCGCACCCCGCGAGCCCUCCCGCCUCCCAACCCAGCACGCCCGAGAGAGAGGAGAGCGAGAUGAUGGGGCAGGCCCCCCAGGAUGCGCCGGAGGUCCUGGGAGCCGAAGAGCUGGAGUGUAAGAUCUGCUACUACCGCUACAACCUCAGCGUCCGCCGGCCCAAGGUGCUUGACUGCGGCCACCGCCUGUGCGCUAAGUGCCUGAACAAGAUCCUGGACCUGGGCGAGUCCCCGCCACGCGCCGUGGUGUGCCCCUUCUGCCGCUGUGCCACCAGCCUGCCCGAGGAGGAGGAGGAGGAGGAGGAGGCAGGAGACGCAAGCGGCCUGCCUGACGACCGAGGCCUGGUGGCGGCCCUGGCCCUCCGGCUGCAGAACCGGAGGAACCUGCUAGAGGGCUCCACUGAGCUCCUGCUCAGCCCCCGCCGCCUCAGCGCUCUGGUCGGCCCUUCCUCUUCCUCCUCGUCCCCUUCCUCACGCCGAGCCCCCAGCUGCCUGGUCAUCACCAUCGUGGAGUCGGCCCAGGAUUCCCCCCCUGGAUCCCCCCGCGCUCCCGCCCACGGCCGGGCCCGCCGCUCCCCGAGCCUGGACUCCAUGACGUCCAUGGCCCAGCGCUGGACGGUGUGGAACUGCACCUCCCUGCUGUGCCAGGCCUCCGCCCAGGCCCUGAUCUGGCUGCUGGGCCUGCUCUACUUCAGCUCCCUGCCUCUGGGGGUCUACCUGCUCAUCGUGCAGAAGACCACGCUGGGGGUUCUCCUGGUCAGCCUCGUACCGUCCAGCCUGGUGCUCGUCAUGGCGUACGGCCUCAGCCGGUGCCUCUGCCGUGAGCUCCUGGACUGCAUGUCCACGUAGCGCCCUGACGGACAGCCGGAUGCAGACAUUCACAGGUCCCGGAGGAUUUCAGGGAUCGCCUCAAUGGAUCCUGAGAGGUUCCCCAUAUGGAUUCCAGGAGGUAGCAUUUAAAAAACAAACCAUGGAAUACAGUGAUGGCUAAUAUCACUUAAAUGCAUAAUUCAUAAACAGAAAAGAAUGGAUCUUAAUCUUUUUCUUGAUUAAGGAUGCUAGGUGAUUGACUCAAGAAAACCAUUAAAGACACAAUGUUAGCAUUUUUAAAAUAAAUUCUGAUUGAGAGCAACUCUGUAUAUUGUAUAUUCUGUAUUCAAUACUUAUUGUUAAUGUAGUUUGCAAUGCAUAUAAUUAUAUAUCAUUCUAAAAACCUUGUCCACUGGAAUAGGACCUCAUCUCUAACCUCAUCUCUCAGACCUUUGGUCAGUGUUACUUACCUGGAGCUGAUAAAACAAAGUAUGAACCAAAUUUAUUGCAUUCUCCAUUUUUAUAAACAAGAUGAGAGGUGUUAUUUGCCUGGAACACAAAUCCACAGAAACUAAGUGAAGAACAAUGUCUCUCUCAUUUCCAGAAUAAGAUCUUGUUGACAAUUUCCUCAGAAGGGAGGACUACAGCAUGAAGUAGGGGCAUUGUUACAAGAAAACAAUGCUUGAACCAAACUGCCAUUAUCUAAUCCCAAGGAUAUGCAUGAAUUGAGCAUUAGCAUGGAAUACUGCAGAAACGAGCAGCAACAGACAGAGCAGUAGGACAAUGUUCCAUAACUAGCAGUCACUCUGCACCGAAAUGUUAAUAAGAUUAUGUAACGCAAAUGUAAAGGAUGAAAUUUACAGAGUGUUGAGAUGAUUAAAUUAAAAAAUCGAUCAAAACCACAACAUAUGGUUUAAUCCAAGGCAUCCAAUCCUCUCUGAACUAUCUCAGCUUAGUCAAAGAGGAAGAAUGGAAAUUGAUUACAGUUAACUUGAUGUGGGGGUCAUUUUGUUUUUCUUUUUGUGUUUCAUUGAUAGGAAAUAACUGAAUAUUGAAAGAAAACAUGCAUACUUUUCCUUUUCUCAGUGAUAAAACUGUUUUUAAAC